UCCAGGCGGGAAAUCACGUCUAAAUUUGAACUUUUACCAAUUUAUGUAGGGAUCUAAACCCUCGUAACGUCACCGAAUUAUUUGGCGUUAUCGCAGGACCUGCGAUCUCAAAACAUUCCACAACAUUCAGCAACUACCUAGGUAACAAAAUGAGCGACGAUGAAGAUUACGAAGUGGAAGGACCUGAACUGGCCGAGGAAGAUCCUAUGAGAGCGUUCCUACCACAAGCUUUCGGAAAGAAGUCGAAAGAGGCAGACGUCGCGGCGCAAACUGGGAGGACGAAGAGAGCUGUUGACAAGGCUCCAAUUGCAGCAAAGAGCUCUGAUGGUAAUGGAGAAGGACAGCGGAAAAUCGCACAGGAGCCAGCCUCGAAGGAUUAUGGAUCCGACGACGAUGAUGACUCGGACGACGAUUCAGACCAGUCCGAUGACGACGAAUAUCCAGUUUCGCAUGAGCUGGUGCUCAAGACUCACGAUCGCGCAGUUACGACAACUGCUGUCGAUCCAUCUGGCGGAAGAAUGGUUACAGGAUCCACGGACUGUACGCUGAAGCUACAUGACUUUGCGUCUAUGACGCCGACAACUCUUCGGGCGUUCAAGAGUGUGGACCCAAGUGCCUCAAAGACCUCUACCAACUCCGAAACCCACCCCAUAAACCAUGUUGAAUUCAACCCAUUGUCAGGAGGAACAUUCCUAUGCGUCUCGGCACACCCACAGGCCAAGAUAAUGAGCAGAGAUGGGGAGGUUCUAGCGGAAUUUCAGAAGGGAGAUAUGUAUCUGAGGGACAUGAACAACACGAAAGGACAUAUAUCAGAAGUCACCACUGGUACCUGGAAUCCUGUCGAUAAAAACUUAUGCGUAACCGCUGGAACAGACAGCACCCUACGGAUAUGGGAUGUCAACCACAAGCGAAGCCAGAAAGAGGUCAUUGUACACAAAUCAAGAGCUGCUGGGUCCGCUGGAAGAACGCGAAUGACUGCAGUCGUCUGGGGAAGUCCUAUGCAAGGGGGGAGUAAUAUUCUUGUCGCUGCGGCUCUGGAUGGAAGCUUAGUGAUGUGGAGCGGAGACGGGCCAUUUUCUCGACCUACAGCAGAAAUUCGGCAAGCUCAUAAGCCAGAUACGUGGACCGGAGGGGUUGAUAUCAGCAACGAUGGUCGGAUGGUUGUUACGAGGGGUGGUGAUGAUUUGAUCAAGCUUUGGGAUCUUCGGAAGUUCAAGACUCCGGUUGUUACAGUCUCGCACCCUUCAACCUCGGAUGUGUACGCUGUAACAAACAUCAAGUAUUCGCCAACAUCUUCAAGUAUUAUCACUGGCUCGGCAUCCGGUCAUCUACAUAUUCUCAAUCCCGGAAAUCUAAAGCCUGAGCUGGUGACACCAGUAACUCCCGGUUCACCUCUGAUCACAGUGGAGUGGCACCCCAAGCUCAACCAGAUCAUCACAGGUUCUGCCAAUUCGGAAGUCCACGUUCUCUACAAUCCCAAUACCUCUGUCCGCGGUGCAGUCGACGUAGUGUCUCGAGCUCCCAAGAAACGCCACGUGGACGACGACCCUAACUUCACCACUGAUCAGUCGACAGGUCUCCCAGGAGAUAGUAUCGUCAGUGCUGGAGGAGUUGUUACAAGUGCUGGAGCAACUUCGUUCGCAGCCCGCCAUCCGACCGUCGGCCUCACAGCUUCCGGUCGAUCAAGAGAUCCUCGCAGGCCGCAAAUACCCAUGGUGACUCCAUUCAUGAAGAGUCAACCAGAUGAGAAGCAUAUCAACGACAGCAUUUCUCUCAGCAGUAUGAGAGAUGAGGAUCCUAGAGAGGCGUUAUUAAAAUAUGCGGAGUUGGCAAAGAAGGAUCCAUUGUUUACGAAUGCUUGGAAGGAUACGCAACCCGUUACUCAGUAUGCUGAUUUGAGUGACGAGGAAGAGGAAGAGGGGCCGGAUAAAAAAAAAGUGAGAAGGUAAUAGAUCUCGGCGCUUUGCGCGAACAGUUUAGGACAUUACGGAUAUAUUACGGAUAUCAUGGCGUUGAAAUGGCGCCCGUAAAAGGCUAUAAUCGGAUAUGAGCGUAAUGUAUGUAAGUGAUGUAGAUAUGAAUACCCAUACGCGGUGUCAUUCACCGCAGGAAAAUCGCAACCAUCAAUCUGAUGCGUGUCUUUUCUGCUUACGGCUGUUAAGUGGCUGCCAUGACCCGAGUCAAUGGCAGGCAUUCGAAGAAGAAUCACAACAUUUUUAUUUGCGCAUUUUCCACUCUGACUCUAUUAAACAUUAUUG